GUGCGAACCGUCCUACAAGAUGGGCAUAUAGAUUACAUAUCUAAUCAUCACAUGACGUUGUAUCACCAAACGACCCGAAUCUGAAUUCAACUUACAUGAGUGGCUAUAAGCAGUGCUUGGAUACGAAAUAAGAAAUAUGAUGACGGAAGUCAAAGGAAACAUGCUUGCAUCACCGUUGCGAGUAAACUUUAAUGACAGCUUUUGAGUCAUUUUGAGGACAUAGGAUCCAGAUACAGAGACGACAAUGACGACCAUGAACGAUACCGAUAUACAUCUUAUGAAGUGCCCGAAUCAUGACACAGAAAACCAGACAUUUUAUUGUGCCGAUCAUGACGUUACAGUAUGUGGAAGGUGCGUACAUUCGAAUCAUAAAAUGUGCGACAGUGUCGACCUCUAUGCAGUGACAGCAGAUGAAGCCCGAUACAGCAACAGUGUAUCUACACUGAGUUCGUUUGAGAGAGAAAUAGAAGGUUACGAAAAUGCGUUAAUUGAUGAUAUUCUUUUGAAUGAUGAGUGUAAAUCGAACUCACUUGACGCUGUAGAUGCGUUUUGCUCUAAACUGCUGAAAAGAUUGACGAUUCUGAAGGACAAUUCUAUAAGAGAAUUGACGGAAAAACACCUGAAAAAUAGCACAAGUCUUCGUCAAGUUUUAAAUAAAUGCAAAAACGAAAGGUUAAGUGUGAACAAAAGAAAACUACUGAUACAGGAAUUAGUUGAGAAACACCACGAUGGACAUCUUUAUGUAGAGCUUUCUCGUUUUGAUCAAAACAAGCAGGACAUUGAGGCAGCAAUAAGAAGCUUAAAUGAUGGAAAGCAACUUUUGCAUUUCUCAUUUAGUCCAAAUAAAACGCUGGAAAAAAAUAUUUGCAAUGAAAUAAAUGACAUUGGACGAAUAAGUGAACACGUUCACACAAACGAGUGCUUGCACGAAAAACUAUCGCAGUUUGAUAUCGUUGGAGUCAACAGAAAUGAAACCCAACGUCUGUUAGCGAGUAGGGACUUGGUAUACAGAGUUUAUGGCAAUGUCAUCGUGCUGCUUGAAGAAUUUGAAAGACGAUCUGAAAUUGAACAAUUGCCAAGAUCUAAAAUUGAUAUACCGGACCAAUCAGGGAAAACCGACGAAGAAGUCAAAUCAAAGGUGGAAAUUCAACUCGUGUUAUUUACCGCACAACUGAAGGCCUGUCCAGCUAAUGUUGCAAAAAGACUUAAUAGGCAGUUGCGGAUAAAAACCAUUUGUUGGACCGCCGUGAGAGAGGACAAACGAACGCCUCUCAAUUCAACAGAUACAUACGUAGCUCAACUUUAUGAGACUCUUGUCAAAGAGCAGAACGCGUCACAAGAAACUGCGCACUGGCCAUUGCAGAAUAUUUGGGUGGAUACAGAUGAAGCAGCAGAAGAUAAUGAUUCAUUCAAUCCAAAAACACGAACUUCAGCAAACGAGUCUGACAUUUAUUUAGGCGCAAAAAGAAUAAUUGACGUUAAUCCAAGACUUCAUUCAUAUCUGCAACACGACAUUCAAACUGUCAUGCUGGAAAUAUGUGAUAAAUGCGAAUAGACAAACACAUUGAAAUUUAGUCGCUUUCUUUUGUUUUUAAAACAUAAUUGCUUCUUAUGUGUUAACAUAUAUUAACUUAUUAUAUUUUACAGAACAUGGACGUUAUGCAGGUGAACCUCCAUUUGUUGUUUUUCACCUCAUUUCGUUCAGCGUGUGUUUGUAUUGGUAGUAUUUAGCCCUGUGUUUAUAUUAAUACGCCUUGAUUAGUUUAGGUAAUAUCAUAUCAAUACUAUAUAAGAAAGUGUAUUGCUGAUUACAAGCUAUUUUAGGUUUUUCUGAAUUGAACCGCUAGUUUUCGGAGAAAAUCACAUUUAACCGAGUUGGGAUCAUUUCGCGUAUUAAGACUUUGACGUUACUCAUGAUUAUUGACCCAGACAAAAAACACACACAAAUUGUAUCUUAAAAUAACAUGAACUUAAUCAGCUCAAUUGCAGUAUUAAUGAGUAAUUACUUAAGAUUAUU